UUUCCAUUCCAGCAACCGGCACAUGUUAACAACCGGUCGCCGGUCGCCAGCUGCCACAGCUGCAACCAGCUGGCUGCCCUGAGUGAGCUGCGCCAGAUCGUCUUCCAGGGCUCUCAGCCAAAAUAUAUUUUUGUCUCUUAUCACCGUUACCAUCUGCAUCUUUUUUGCUAUUCUGCCAUUUCGUCGCAAAAGCAUUGCUAGUUACUACCAAAACACAGUACCUCAGUACAAUCAAAAGCUCUUCGCAGCAAUGUCUUGCCCUGACUGCUUCCGCGGCAGCAUCCACGAGGGAACCCCUCAAGGAAAAAUCACAAAACUCCACGGCCUCGACGCCUACAUUGCCGAGCCUGCGGCUGGAAAGGAAGUCAGGGGAUUCCUAGUCUUCAUUCCCGAUGCCUUUGGCUGGAAGUUUGGAAACAACCAGCUCCUGUGCGACAACCUCGCCGCCAAGAGCAGCUACAAGGUCAUCAUGCCCGAUUUCAUGAUUGGAUACGCAGCACCACUUUCUGUCUUUGAUGGCAUGAUGGCUAUUACUGAUGCCAAGACUAGCAUCUUUACCAAAAUCUACCACGGCUUCUCCGUCGCAUCCGGCAUCAUCCCAUUCCUAUUCGUCAACCGGCCCGGCGCAAGCUACCCCCGCGUAGUCAAGUUCUUUACCGCGCUCCGUGAAAACGAAGCCAAGGCGCUGCCCAUUGGCGCAACUGGAUACUGCUGGGGCGGCAAGCAUGUUGUGCUUCUCGCGCAGGGCGAAAAGGGCCCCGAUGGCAAGCCUCUUCUCGAUGCCGGCUUUACUGCACACCCUAGCAUGCUUGCGAUCCCUGGAGAUAUUGAGAAGGUUGUCCGUCCCGUCAGCUUUGCCCUUGCCGAAACUGACCAACAGAUCUCGCCCGAGCAGGCCAUCCGCCUCAAGAGCAUUAUAGACGCAAAGGAUGGCGAUGCAGCGGGUGAGGUUGAGAUUAUUAAGGGUACUGGCCACGGAUUUGCCGUUCGUGCCGAUAUGAAGUACCAGGACGUCGCCAAGCAGGCUGCUGCUGCUGAGGACAUGUGCAUCCACUGGCUCAACAAGCACUUUGGCGUGUCCAACUAGACGGUAGGGUUGGAGGACAUUUAGUUUUAAUUUGUAAUGCUACUAUUGGAUACCACUACUUAAUAAUAUAGCUAUGCUAGUCAAUCAUGACGAGAAAAAAACGUCUAAUGCAUUCUAUUUACCACCAUUGGCCAGCUGCACUGCCCGCGCAGCAGCUUUGCCGAAAUCCUCCUCAACAUAUAGUCCCAGAUUGGCCUCCUCGACAAGCCUCAAGCCGGCGGCCGAAUUCGUGCCCUGGAGACGCACCACUACGGGAACGUGAAUAUCCAUGCUGUCUGCUGCGCCAAUGAUGCUCUCGGCAAUCAUGUCGCACCUUGUUAUGCCGCCGUAGAUGUUGACGAGGAUGGCUUUGACACGCUCAUCCCGCAGGAUAAUGCCAAACGCCUCCAUCAUGGUCUCCUUUGUGGCCUGGCCGCCAGCGUCGAGAAAGUUGGCGCUCUUGCCGCCUGCAUUGCUAACAGCAUCAUUUGUGGCCAUUGCGAGACCAGCACCGUUGACCACGUUGCCAAUGUUGCCGUCCAUGCGAAUGUACACGAGACCAAACUUCUCGGCCGCCACUUCGUCGCUUACCUCUUGGUCCUUGUCGCGGAGCGCAAAGAGGUCCUUUUGGCGCUUGGCACCAUCAUCGUCAAAGGUAAAAUUGGAGUCAAUGGCCGUCAUGGCACCAGAUGAAGUGACACCAAGUGACGGAAUCUCGAGCAGCAUAGCAUCCUUGGCCUUGAAGAUGGAGUGCAUGGCCGUAAGGACGCCCCUGAGGUUCUUUGUUUGCGCAGCUGACAAGCCUGCCUUUUGCGUAAUGUUUGACAUUAAUUCAUCGGUGAUGCCCGCUGUGAGGCCAAAGGGAAACGUCAUGAGGCUCUCGGGAGACUCUUGGGCGAUUGUCUUGAUAUUCUUGCCGCCGCCUUUCUUGGAGAGGAUAAUCGCAGGGCAGUAGUUUUCACGAUCGACCGUCAUGCCGAGGUACCAUAGCUCGUUGUACUUGGCGGAUUCUGCAACAUAAAUAUGUUGGAUGUUGACGCCGUCGGGUGCGUCGCUGUUGUUUAGAAUGCUCGCGGCGAGGGCUUCAGCUGCUUGGGGGCUUUGGGCGGCGACAUUUUCACCGCGCAGGUCUUUGGCGAGUCCCUGGCGGCCCUGCCUCCGUAAUUGGAGU